CCAGUGUUGUCGUUCAUUUGUGAUGCGAUGUUGAUGUUUUGGCUCAGUUGGAGAGGUGUGACGUUUAAUGGUGGAUUAACACAGAGAGUGAUUACUUACUUACUUUCUCUCUCUCGCCGCAGUUUAUUAUUUUUUCAACAGGUUGAGAGAUGUCUGAAAGCUCCAGUGACACAGAAUCAUCAUGCGGAUGGACGGUUAUCAGUAAUGAGGGUUCAGACAUUGAGCCACUGGGUCCUGAUAAUGCUGGGGAAUGUGAGGAGGAAGAGGUCACAGUGGACGCUGAACCUGAUAAGGAGAGUCAGGGAGAGUCUUCUCUGGACCUCACAUUGAGAGAGGAGGCGACUUUAGAGGCGGAACCAACUGGAGAGGCGGGAGCAGAUCAUGUGAUGCUUUGCUCCUCCAGUGAGAACUCUGACAUCAUAACCCUGGCUGAUGCACGGGAGGCGGAGAUUGAAACGUGGGUGGAGCCUGUUGUGAAGGAGGCAGAGAAAAUGGGAUGUGAGGAGCUCUUUCUGGGAACAUCAUCGAGUAGCCAGUAUACAUUCAGGGAGGCCGAAACAAGAGCGACAGCAGGUUGGUGGAGGAGUGGUUGGAAAUUUUCCAGGACGCUGUGGGAAUACGGGAGUCAUGUGCACGACUCUCUCUCACUCUCAGUUUUCCCCGUGGAUCAGCCCGUGCAGCGAGACAUCAGUAACAGCAGCAGUGAGGAUGAAGAGGAGGAGACGAAGAGCAGUCCUGUGGUAAGAAGACGCAGGGUCCGGAGGGGCACAACAGGCUCAGAGUCUGGAGACCUGCAGGAGACUCACAGGAGACACGAGGAGGAGAUUCAGGCACAUAUAGACCCUCGUUCUGCAGCUCACAGUCAGGUCAGCGGGACUCUGAACAAAUGUAUCCUGUUAGCUCUUCUCAUCGCCAUCAGCAUGGGCUUCGGACACUUCUACGGUACGGUACAGAUUCAGGAAAGGCAGAGGACUGUGGAGAAGAUUCAUCCCAGUGAGCUGGAAGUGCCGUGUAAGAGAGAGCCGGAUGUUGUCAAUAAGGAAGUGGUUGAGGAUCUAAAAGAAGAUCUGGAGGAGAAGCAGGAGAUGGUGUUGAGUCUCACAAGCAUCAUGGAUAAAAUAUCUAAAGAAAACCAGCAUCUCAGAGCCACACAGGAUGACCUACAGACCCAACGACAGGAUCUGUACGAGAAACUGAUGCAAGUCAAGCGUGAGAUGGAGUCCCAGCACAAAGACCUGACAACGGAAAACCAGAACCUCAAAAUCAGUCUCGAUCGAGAGGAGGCAUCCUUCUCGGCCCUGCAGGAGGAGCUGAAGUACCUGCGUGCACAGGUGAGAGAACUGGAGGAGAAAGGAGAGGGAACGGAUUCAAUCCUGUCUGAAAACCAGCGACUGAAGGGUCACCUGCAGGAGGAGAAACAGAAGGUGCGUAGCUUCAUGAACCAGAGAGAGGCGCUGAUGGCCGAGGCUCAGGUGCUACGCAAAGAACUGGAUAAAGAACGAAAGGUUAUGGAAAAACUGAAAGAGGAACUUGAAGAAAUGAGUCAGAAAGAUGAUGAGGCAGAGACGGAAAAACUGCAAGCCCGACUCUUGGAGCUGGAGAACAAGCUGAAGUUCGAGCAGCAGCGCUCCGAUCUUUGGGAGAGACUUUACGUGGAGUCGAAGGAGGAGAGAGCCAAAGGUGACCGAGAUGUGAAGACCAAGAUCCCAAAGGAUGGGAUGAUGGGAAAGGUGAAGGAAACGCUUGACGCCGUCAAGAAUUCCACCAAAGAGUUUGUGCACCAUCAUAAAGAGCAGAUCAAGAAAGCCAAAGAAGCGGUGAAGGAAAAUCUCCGGAAGUUUUCAGAUUCUGUAAAAUCCACGUUUAGGCACAUCAAAGACUCCGCCACCAGAGUCUUCAACCACGAAAAGAGGUCCCAGGAAAGAAAAAAUGCCAAUACUGAACGUCAAACAUUUCGGCAAGAACAAAGCAACACAUUUGAAGACGACAUUCACUGGCAACCUCAGAAACCUUUACAUCGACAUCCUCGUAAAUCCACCGUGUAUACCGAUGUCCACACCGAUCGCAAUACGCGUAAACCCGGCACUCAGAAAGCGCAAAGCACUACGGGUCAGAAAACUCCACCCAAAGGAUGUUCUGGUGUAUUUGAUUGUGCUUAUCAAGAGUCUAUGAGUUUAUUUAAUAAGGCAAUGGAUCCCAUCCGCGCCGAUGAGUUUGAUGAACUUCUACGAAGCUACCUGCAGAAAGAGGUCGGUCAUUUCCAUCACUGGAGAGAACUAAAAAGCUUCAUCGAUAAUUUCUUUCACAACGGCGUCUUCAUCCACGACCAGAUGCUGUUCACAGACUUUGUUAGCGGAGUUGAGGAUUAUCUUGAGGAAAUAGAUGAAUAUCACAGUAUUGACGAUGAUGUCUUUGAAGAUCUAGAUGACUACAUCUACAGGCACAUAUUUGGAGAUACAUACUUAAAAUACUUUGGACCGAGUCGACCCUUUGAAAGGCCGGGGUCAAAGGGAAAGACAUGGCGUCACUGCCAUAGGCAACAGAAGAAACACCAGAAGCCCCGACCCCGUCCGGAGAAAAUGAAGAAAUGGAUGCAGUCAGCACGUGAUCCCAGCCGACAGUUUGCAGAUGUUAAAAUAGAGCUGGGGCCGAUGCCCUUCGAUCCAAAAUAUUAGAGAAUGCAUCAAAUUGGCAAUCGUUUUUGCUGUAGAGAAGCUAUAGAAAACUUUAGGUUCAUUUUUCUUUCAUGUUUUGCACAAUGUAAAUGUUCUCAUGCUGACUUUUUUUUUUAGCUCUUUCUGCACUAUAUUGAUGGCUGUUUCUAAAUCUGAGCAUCCAAACUGCACUUUAAAAUGUAUUAUUAUUAUUUUAUAGGAAGAGAUAUCCCCCCAGUUUUAAGUGUGUCGAAGGAAUAUUUAAAAUAUAAAGAAAAAUGUACUUUAUUUUUUACCAAAUUUACUGUUUAUUAUCCAAAAACCUGAAUUUGAACACCAAAUACAUUUAGCCAGUAAGAUUAUACAAGAAAACAUAUGAGAAAAACUUAAGAUACAGUAUUUGUAGGACCAAAAAAUAAUUCACAGUGAGUUUGACAUUCGGGAUUAUAAUGACAUGACAUACCUAUAAUACAACAUAUAGUACAAUUAAAAAGUGCUCAUUGUUAUAAGGAUAACAGGGCUUUGGUGUGGUCUCUUGUAAUCUAUCGGCUGCUACUGUAUGUGUCACCACUGUUUUAUUUGAAAACGCACAUUAAAAGAGGAUUUGUUUGUUUGUUUAAAUCUGCAAUUGUUAGUGAAAUCACUUUCGCUCUUUUUUCUUUCCUAUGUUGUCAUUGGCUAAGUAACAUUCCCGUAAGCGUUUGUUUGGAAACUGCUAUAAGAUGCAAAUGUAAAUUAACUUCAAUGCACUUAACCUCUUAAACUUGCACUUCUUUUCUAGAAUAAAACUCUUGCAUUGCUUCAUAAA